GUUCCGUAGCCAGAAGUGGUGUACGCAGAGCAGCGAUGAGCGUUUACAGCAGCCACCGAAAGUGGAAAAUGCAGGUGCGGAAAGCACAUCCUGACCUCAGGAGGCAAAGGAACAGGCGGCGCCGUGGACCACGACUGCGUCACUGUGCACUAGACUAUUCCAGAUAUCGGCCAAUGCAAACUGCACAAGCUGCAGAGAGAACUCUCUUUGCUCGCCUGAUCCAAAGCUGCGCUCACUCCCAGGUCCCAGGUCCCCAUGGGAUCCUACCACUACGCCUCCACCUCGCAAUUCGUCUUCGCCGCCGUCGAUUCCAACCCCAAGCCGGCCCACAAGCCCAAGGCCACCGUGCAAAUCCCCAUCGCGUCCCCUUCGGAGGAGGGGCCGCCGCCUGACGCGGCGGCGGCGGCCGCCAAGAUCCAGGCGGCCUUCCGCGGGCACCAGGUCCGGCGGCACGUCGCGGGCGUGCGCGCGGCCGACGCCGAGGCGACGCGGCUGGAGCGGCUGCUCCGGCGGCAGGAGACCGUGGACGCCGUCCGCGGCGACGAGCGCGAGCGGGCCCGGUUCUCGGAGGCGCUCAUGGCCGCGCUGCUGCGCCUCGACGCCGUGCCGGGGCGCUACCCGGCCGUGCGGGACGCGCGGCGCGCCGUGAGCCGCCGCGUCGUCGGCCUGCAGGAGGUGUUCGACGCCGUGGUCGCGGCGCCCGAGGCGCAGACGUGCGGGGUGCCGGCGAGCUUGGAGCAGGUCCUCGAAGGGAUCUGGGGCGCCGGAGAGCCGCCGGUGGCGGUGGCGGCGGAGGAGGAAGUGAGGAGGAGCGGGACAAGCUGGGGGAGGUUUCUCGGGGGAGUGUAGCGAGCAGGAUUGCUACUCGGUACAAGGAGGUGCCAAGCGUGAUACGUACUCAUUUGUACAUGUAUUUUGUGGACGUAUAGUAUAUGCUGCAGUGAUCUCCGAACGUGAAAGGAAUACAUACAACUGUGACCUGGUGAUGGUGUGACAGUAUAUGGCUAAAACUCCAAUUUCGGAUAUCUUCAAGGCUAUAUCUUCAAUGCCAAA